AUGUCUGAAUAUAGAAGCACUAAAAAAUGGAAAAUAGUAGCUGACGAAUACGGUAUAGAAAAUAUCAAAGUGACAGCAAUAGAUCAAAAAAAAUCAGAGAACGGAUCGCCUCGUAGAGGGGAGGAGGAUGAAAUUAGUAUGGAAUCGAAAACAAACCUUAAAGAAAACCUAACUGAAUCUAAUAAAACAUUUUUAAAGAAUGAAGGAGAUUAUGAUUCGCUUCAUUCUAAAAAAACUAUCAUCUCAGAAAAAAACAAUGGUAUAAAAGAAGAUCCCGAUGCUUCGCCACCAAGACAAAGAACCCGAAGAGACUCUGACGCUUCGCCACCUAGACAAAGAACUCGGAGGGAUUCUGAUGCUUCGCCACCUAGACAAAGAACUCGAAGGGAUUCUGACGCUUCACCACCAAGACAAAGAACUCGAAGGGACUCUGACGCUUCACCACCAAGACAAAGAACUCGGAGGGAUUCUGAUGCUUCGCCACCUAGACAAAGAACUCGAAGGGAUUCUGAUGCUUCGCCACCUAGACAAAGAACUCGAAGGGAUUCUGACGCUUCACCACCCAGACACAGAACUCGCAGAAAUUCUGACUCUUCACCACCGAGGCAUAAAAGACGAAGAGAUUUUAAUGCAUCCCCAACCAGACGAAAAGAUCGUAAAGAUUCAGAUUUUCGCUCACCUAGAAGAAGACACGAAAAUAAUUCGGAUUCAUAUUCAUCAUCGAGAAACAAAAAAAACAAUUCCUACAAAUCCGUCGAUGAUAGAAAUUUUUCAUCCCCCAAAAACCGCGAUAAAAACGUGGAUAAUCGAAAUGAUAAGUACGGGUUAAACGUAAAAGAAAAGGUUAACGUGGAAAUAAAAAAAGAAAAAAAAACAUUAACGGGAAAAAAAGCGGGUCUACAAAGCGCGGAAGAAAUGAGAAAAGAAGCCGUCAUACUCCGGCAAAAAGAAAAAGAAAUGUUUGAAAAGAUGUCGGACGAUGUUACCGGGAAAGACGCAGAAGCGAUCGUGAGAAAUCGUAAAACAGGACGACGUCACGACGCCAAAGAAGAAGCGAGAAAAAAAAGGGAAAAAGAAGAAAAAGAAGCCGAAAGGAUCGCACAAUAUGCCGUUUGGGGUAAAGGGGUGAAACAAGUCAAAGACAGAGAGGAUAAAAUAAACGACGACCUAUACGAAAUGUCUAAACCCCUUGCGAGGUACAAAGACGACAAAGAUCUCGACGAAAUGUUAAAAAAUCAAGAAAGGGAUGGGGAUCCGAUGUUGGAAUACAUAAAACGUAAGAAGAAAAAAACCGAAUCGGGAUCGAAUGCGAAACCCGAAUACCAGGGUCUAUAUUUACCCAACAGAUACGAUAUCAAACCGGGUCACAAAUGGGACGGGGUCGAUAGGUCAAACGGUUACGAGAAAAAAUGGUUCGAAGAACAAAGUGCUAAAAAAGCGCGGGAAGAAGAAGCGUUUAAAUGGAGUACGGCGGACAUGUAA